AUGGUCUCUUCGGAGGCUGAUAUCUUGGCGUUCAUCAACAGGCAUCGUUUGCUGCUCGCGGACGAGCGCGCCGCCGAAGUCGAGCGCAGUGCAUUGUUGCUUUCAAAUUGUGGACCGAAGCUACUUGAGCAGAAGGGUCUGGCGUUGCUUUCGCUCGGUGUAGCAAAUAUCAGCGUUGGACUAGGCGGGAAGACGUUGGUCGAACUUGAGCGCCCGGCUGCAUACCACACGAGCAAUAUAUUUUCACCGCAUACCAUUAGGCCCGGUGACUUGGCCAGAAUUGAAGAAAACUCCUCUGCGCCUGCCAACAAGAAGAAACCCACUAGUAAAAAGAAUCAGACGACUAACGAUGUCAAGACCACGGCUUCUUCCGGUGUAGAGGGCGUCGUAUACAAAAUGUCGGACACUCGCGUUGUGAUCGCCGUCGAUCUCUCUGAUUCUUCGGACGAUCUUGAUUUACCGGAACGUUGUCGCGUUGUGAAGCUCGCUAACAGUGUCACGUAUGACCGGAUGGAGAAAGCGCUGGACCAACUGGAGAAGACAGCCAUUCCGUCGACACCUCAGGACCAAUCAAAACCUCCCUUCGAGCUCACUCGCUUGAUUGAGACCCUCUUGGGCAUGACUGCCCUUUCGCCAAAAACGAAACUCGAUAGCCUGUCUUUCUUUGACCCCUCCCUCAAUUCUUCCCAGCAAGAAGCUAUCAGAUUCGCCCUAUCAUCAAACGAGAUCGCCUGUAUACAUGGACCUCCUGGUACCGGAAAGACGCAUACCUUGAUAGAGAUUAUCCGUCAACUCACGAGCCGCGGACUUCGCGUUCUUGUAUGCGGCGCCUCGAAUCUCUCCGUCGACAACAUCCUCGAGCGCCUGCUCGCUCUUUCUCCACCCGAGAGGGGAAACAGAAUCAAGGUUACGCGUGUAGGCCACCCCGCCCGCGUCAUGGCGAACCAAGACGUACUAGAAGCUACGCUCGAGGUGAAAGCCGGGCGUUCGGACCAGGCCGCCCUGGCACGCGACGUCAAGACCGAGCUUCAGAGCGCGCUUGACACGCUUGCGGGCAAGGGAAAAGGCGCCAAAGGUAAGCGCCCGCGUGGCGCUGAGCGCAAGAAGAUGUGGGAAGAAGUCAAGGCCCUCCGGAAGGAAUACCGCCAGCGCGAGAGCGGCGUCGUGCAGACGGUCUUAUCCGACUCGCAGGUCGUGCUUGCAACAUGUCAUUCCGCAGGCGGGCGCCAGUUGCGCAAUCAGGCUUUCGACGUGGUCAUCAUUGACGAAGCGACACAGGCGGUCGAGGCUGUUUGCUGGGUUCCGAUCUUCAAAGCGAAGAAGCUGAUCCUGGCGGGAGACCCCAAGCAAUUGCCGCCCACGGUGCUCGCUCUAGACAAAAGCAAGAAGGAGACGAAGAAGGCUAUGCCGAAGUCAGCCCCGCCGGCGCCCGGCCCUGCCGAUGAUCCGUCGAGCAGUGCUGCGAGCGACUCUGAAAUGGACGAUGCUGAGCCUGCACCGGCGGAGAAGGCUGUCGACAGGAAGAUUAGGAGGAAGAAGACGGUGCCUGGUCUGUACCCGCCGCGCACACUCGAAACAACGAUGUUUGAGCGGCUUGAAAAGAUGUACGGCCCAGGCAUCAAGCGCAUGCUGACCGUACAAUACCGCAUGCACCGGACGAUCGCGGAGUUCCCUUCGAAGAUCUUGUACCAGUCGAAGCUACAAGCGCACCAGUCAGUGGCCGAGCACCUUCUGGCCGACUUGCCGAAUGUCAGCUCCAAUGAUGAGGCAGCGAAGGAGGACCUGAGUGCCCCAGUAGUUUUCUUCGACACUGCUGGAUGCGAAUACUUCGAAAGACUCGACGGAGACGGCGAGGAAGGUAGCCGAUGUAACGAGAACGAGGCUGCGGUCGUAAGGAAUUGGGUUGACACUCUGAUUGGUCAUGGCGUGUCACCAACCCAGAUCGCGGUUAUCACACCGUACCAAGCUCAGGUAACCCUGCUCGCUAGCCUACUGAGGCCGGCGUACGGCACAGGUAUCGAGAUUGGCACCGUCGACGGGAUGCAGGGUCGCGAGAAAGAGGCUGUGGUCAUUUCGCUUGUACGAAGCAACAACGAGCGCGACGUAGGCUUUUUGAAAGAGAAACGGAGACUGAACGUGGCAAUGACGCGAGCACGCCGCCAUUUGUGCGUCGUUGGGGACUCUUCGACAGUGCAGCAUGGCGGCUCGUACCUGAAGAAGUGGCUUUCCUGGCUGGAAGCUAAUGCGGACGUGAAAUAUGCAGGUCUCGAGUAG